UUCUCGUCUCCUCCCACUAUCACCACUCUUUCUAACCUUACAAAAUACGCAGACAAAGAAACAGCAGAGAAAGCACUCGUGCUGAUUUUUAUUAAAAGCACGGCUGCAUGAACAAAGUUCGGACGAGUCCUCGUUCUCCAAAUUUAUAUUUAUUCCGUCCUUGUUCGCAUAAAAAGUCUAUUUAUUUUUACCAGCCAUGUCCUUUUCAACCUCUUCGCCUCUUCUCUCCUCGCCAGCGUACGAACCCUAGAAACUGGGGAACUCAAAGGACGAUAAAGCAUCAAGAUCCAUGGAGGAAAUACCAGAGGAUCUGAGGUGCAAGAGAUCGGACGGGAAGCAGUGGAGGUGCAGUGCUUUGUCGAUGCCGGAUAAAACGGUCUGCGAGAAGCACUACAUCCAGGCAAAGAAGAGGGCGGCAAAUUCUGCCCUUAGAGCUAGUCUGAAGAAAGCGAGGAGGGGUUCAGUGGAGAAUAAUGAUACGUUCUUAGAGAGUAAGCACAAUGACCCUGAGAUGUUGAGGUCACUAUCUCCGAUGAAUGUUGAUGGUACGCGAUAUAUGAAGUACAAGGAGAAAUUCGGGAAAAGUCGGGGAUUGUAUCCAUCAGAUACUACGGGUAGAAUUCAUGGUAGUUCAUUGAGAUGUAAUGAGGGGCAUAGGGAUGUGAUGAAGGCUGAGGAAGAUAGCAAGAGAUCAACGUACAACCCUUCUUAUUUGACUAAGGAAGCGAAUAACUUCGUUGUGGAUUAUCAUGAGAAGAGUUCAGUAGCAGGGGAGGCUGGGCAGCUAACUUGCCAUCAGUGCCAAAGAAAUGAUGGUGUAAAUGUUGUGUGGUGCAUCAGUUGUGAUCGUAAAGGAUACUGUGAUAACUGCAUUUCUCAAUGGUAUGCUGAUAUUCCAGUAGAAGACAUUAGAAAAAUUUGCCCCGCUUGCAGGGGUAUUUGCAAUUGCAAAGUCUGCUUAAGCGGAGACAAUUUGAUUAAGACUAGGGUGCAGGAAAUAGCUGGCAUAGAUAAGUUGAGGCACCUUCAUAGCCUUUUGUCCUUUGUACUUCCUGUCCUGAAGCAUAUCUACUCGGAACAAUGCUUUGAGAUAGCGGUGGAGACAAGAGUACAUGGAAUGAAAACUGAUAUUCCAAGGGCAAGUAUACAUGCAGACGAGCAGAUGUGCUGUAAUUUUUGCAGGACACCCAUUUUUGAUUUCCAUCGGCACUGCCCUCAGUGUUUAUAUGAUUUGUGCCUCACCUGUUGUCGGGACCUUCGAAGUGCAUCCGUGGUUGCUGAUAAUGGAGAAUCUACAGCAGAAAAAAGAACUGCUGAAAAACUGAUGCCGCUCUCCAAUGAUGAAAAUGCUAUUGACUUUUCACAUUUAUUUCCCAGUUGGAAGGCCAACACUGAUGGAAGCAUCCCUUGUGCACCAGAGGAGGCUGGUGGCUGUGCCUCCUCAAAAUUAGUGUUAAGGCGUAUUCUCAAAAUAAAUUGGGUUGCAAAGUUGGUAAAAAAUGCUGAGGAAAUGGUUACCGGAUGUAAAGGUUCUAACCCUCAAACUUCAGACAAUUGUACUUCCUGCAAUAUCUUGUAUUGCCCUACAUCAGACUUAAAACAUGACGGCAUCAGCCAUUUUCAAAAACACUGGGUCAAGGGUGAGCCAGUUAUUGUUAAGCGCGUGUUUGAUCAUUCUUUGGCCUCUAGCUGGGACCCUAUGAGUAUCUGGAGAGGAAUUCAAGAAACAAUUGAUGAGAGAAUGCCAGAAAAUAGUACUACUGUGAAGGUCACAGAUUAUUUAAGCCAAUCAGAGGUUGAUAUUGAACUCUCUCAGUUCAUCAAGGGUUAUUCUGAGGGGCUUAUCAAUGAAGAUGGACGACCAAAAAUGUUGAUGUUAAGAGAUUGGCCAGCACCCAAUGCCUGGGAAGAGUUUAUAAUGUGCCAGAGACCGGAGUUCCUUACUAAUCUUCCGUUCAUUGAAUUUAUUCAUUCCAAGUGGGGUCUACUAAAUCUUGCUGCUAAGCUACCCCAUGAGAGCACACAGACCGAAGCAGGGCCCAAAAUUUAUAUUUCUUAUGGGACACGCAAUGAACUUGGAGGAGGUGAUCCUGUUACCAAACUUCAUAUGAACAUGGGUGAUCUGGUUUACCUGUUAAUGCACUCAACGGAAGCACAUAAUCAAGGUGCACAUGGACUCAAACUGGAGAUGACUGAGAAACCUUAUAAGGAACUUAAUGGAGAGCAUCCUAUUCUGAAUGCAAGCUUUCCCAAUUCUGAUCUGAAUUUUGAUGAGAAAAUCAAACCACCUGACAUGGCACUUAAAAGGCAUGCUACGCAAAAAGAGUCUGGCUUAGGAUUAAACAAUAUGGAGGAUCAAAUAUGCAGUGGAAGUAAUAUAACUUCGGUUGAAAAGAAGAGUCUAAAUUCCUCCCAUGGAGACGACAAUUGUGGAGAUGGUCUACAAAAGGUCUCUGCAGGAGCUAUAUGGGAUGUGUUCCGCCGACAGGAUGCUCCAAAGCUGAACGAAUUUUUGAGAGUUCAUUGGGAGGAAAUUACAAGUUCUCCCAGCCAACCAGUCCCAUGUCCUGUUUAUGAGCAAAGCUUGUACUUAGAUAAACAUCACAAAAGAAAAUUGAAGGAAGAAUAUGGAAUAGAGCCAUGGACAUUCGAACAACAUGUUGGUGAGGCUGUUCUUGUUCCAGCCGGAUGUCCUUUUCAAGUUAGAAAUCUUCAGUCUACAGUUCAGUUGGGCCUUGAUUUCUUAUCCCCUGAAAGUUUAAAUGUCUCCGUGAAAAUGUCUCAAGAAAUCCGAUGUCUUCCAGCUGACCAUGAAGCAAAACUAAAUAUGUGGGAGGUGGGAAAGAUGUCCCUGUAUGCUGCUAGUUCAGCCAUCAGAGAAGUACAGAAGAUAGUACUCGAUCCAAAAUUGAGUUCAGGUAUCAAGUUUGAAGAUAGGAAUCUUACCGCCAUGGUUUCUCAAAAUCUGGGAAGGAUGUCAAAAAGAAGACAAAUUGCUUGCCCUUGACUAUUGCAGUCAGAAAAUAUAUAUUUAGUCUACCAGCCUGUAAAUCAAUGAAGAUACUAUUGCAAUGUAAAUAAAAUUGCUAGUGAUAUUGCUAAUGGUAUUAUCAUAGCAAGCCUUUUUCCCUUAUAUUAAAUUGUAUAUGGUUUAUCAGUGGGAUUUUAUAGGAUGCUGAGGAGACUAUGUUUCCAUGAUUACCUAAAAUUCUCUUCUCUGGCUGAAUUAAUAACUUGGUUUAUAUCAGCAUGUUUUGAUUU